AUGAAGAAUAUAAGUUAAACAGUCGAUGUUAGAAACCAUUCAAAAAAGGAAGAUAAAGAAAAUUUAAUUUUCUAUUCAUCCAUUAAAGAUAAAUUACCUAAGCCUAACCCUAUUCUAAUUUAAUAACUUCAUUUAAACAAAGUAAAUUCAAUAUUACCAUUAAAAAGAAAGUAUUUAUAUUUUAGUUAUAUUAUUUAGUUAUUUAGAAGCAAAUGAAUAAGAAGCAACUUAUAAAACAGUGAUUUAAUAAUAGGAAUAAGAAUGUAUAACGUAAAAGCCAAUUACUCUUUAAGCUUUUUUAAAACCCCUCAAAUUAAUAUACCAAAAAUAUUAACCAUAACAGAACCAAAACUUAUAUGCAACUCUACUUCAUUAACAUGGGAAUACUCUUGAUACUUCUCAUUAUUAUUAAAAUUAAGAUGAGAAUAUUAAAUUUGAUUCUCUAUUUGAAAGUGGGAACUUAUUCUAAGUAUUCAAAGUAUUUCUAUAAUAUCUAACUAGAAAAGCGAUCACGAUUAUAUCUUACUCCUAUAAAAUGAUAUUAAUACAAAAGGAUAUACAUAAUGGUUUUAUUUUUCAAUUUAAAAUAAGAAUUCAAUUAUGUGUAAUAUCAGACUCAGUAUAAUAAAUAUCAACAAAGAUAUGUGUUUUUAUCGUUAAGGAAUGAAAAUCUUAAUAAAUGAAUGUAAUUAAUGGAGAAAAGAUUCAUUAGGUUUGUCAUUUAAAAAAAAUCAUAUCUAAAGAAAUGAUUCCUCAUUUUAUUAUUCUCUUUCAUUUAAUUAUACAUUUAUUGAAUAAGGAACUGUUUAUUUUGCAUCUAAUUACCCUUAUACUUAUUCAAAUCUAUAAACCUUUAUAUCUAGUAAAUACUUAGUUUACGAUAGAAUAAUGAAAGUCAAAAAUAUAAUAACAAGUUAAGCUGGAAAUGAUAUUUAAAUAGUUACAAUAACAAAUGAUAAUUAAGAUUAAAAAUGUGGAUUAUUAUUUAUAGGUAGAUAACAUCCUGGUGAAACACCUAGUUCAUUUGUAAUUGAAGGAAUAAUCAAUGCAUUGUUAUCAAAUGAGGCUGAUGAAUUGAGGAAUAAGUUUGUUAUAAAAAUUAUACCAAUGUUAAAUGUUGAUGGUGUAAUACAUGGAAAUUAAAGAUGUGGUUUAGCAGGUUUUGAUUUAAAUAGAAAAUGGGGAUGUAAUAGAGAUGAUACCUUAAAUUAAGUUGAAAAAUUAAUAACUAAUUUUAAUUAAAACUAUCCUAUCUAAUUGAUUCUUGAUAUUCAUGGUCAUAGUAAGAAGUAAAGUAAAUUUAAUAAAUUAGAUUAUCAGCCUUUUUUUAUGGUCAUAGUUGUAAUGAAUUUAUUAAUGAACUUUGCAAUUCAGAUAAAAGAUUCAGUCUUGAAAAUAGUAGAUUUAUGAAAAAUACUAAAUAUUUGAAUCAUACAGCCAGAGUUUUUUUAUAAAAAUUAUUGAAUAUGAAGUAGAAUAUAUAUACACUUGAAAUUUCAUACUUUGGAUAUAAGAAUUAACAUUAAAUUGUGGAUUUCACUCUAAAUGAUCUAAGAUCUAUGGGAAGAGAAAUAGUCAUCACAUUAUCUAAAAAUAAUAAUCAUAAAGAAUAAAUAUAGACAGAAAGUAUAUUAAUAAAUGAAUAGAAUUCUGAUAUCAGUUUUUCAGAUUCAUCAAUUUCAGAAGAUGAAAUUGGUGAUGAUGAAAUUAAAUAAAUAUAAUAACCACUCAAAGAAAAAAUUAUUAAUUUAGAAAGAUAAUAUCCAAGAUCAAAUUCAUUUAAAUAAAGAUAACUUAAAUCAUCUUAAUCUAGAAAUAGAGCAAAAUCAUAAUCUAUUUAAAAUUAAAUUAAAUACUAAUAAUUUACUUAUAAUUUUAUUGAUAAUUCAUUUAAUAAUUUUAAUACUAAAAAUGAUAAUUGUGAACAUUAAAAUUUAUUUAUUCCACAAUAAAAACCUAAAUCAUCUGAAUAUACAGUGUAACCUUUAGUUGUAAUGCCUUAACAUAGUUUAAAACAUUAAUUCUUAUGGUAAAAUAGAUUAAGGUAAUAAAAUUAAAAAGAAAUUAAAUUAUCAAAUCCUAAAGAAUAAAGAGACUUAAAAAUAUAUCAAGAAUUUAAAGAUUAUGUUAAUAAUAAAUAAUAUUAAAACAAACCUUUACUACCUAAAUAUACAUUCAAUGAUACAGAUUUAUUCAAAAAAUGUCAAGCAAAAAAAUAAUAUUUAAUUAUUAAUUUAUGA